GAGAAAGGGACAGAAAAUCUCCUUCAAAAUCCUUUCCCCAAAUUUUACUCUCCCUCCUCAACCUACGCCCUUCUCCUCCGUCGCAUCACGGCUGCGCCACCACCACCACUAAUCGCCGCCAGCAGAAUUAGACUUCUAUAAACGAUAAACCUAAACAACUAUAUAUAUCUAUCAUCUCCAAAAUAUUAACUCCUUUUCCAUCAGCUACACCAAUUAUCAGUUAACCAACCACCCCUUCCUCAGAAUUACAAGAUGAUUGGAUCAUUUCUGACUAGAGGGCUUGUAAUGGUAUUUGGAUAUGCAUAUCCAGCCUAUGAGUGCUUCAAGUCAGUGGAGAAGAAUAAGCCUGAUAUUGAGGAACUUCGCUUUUGGUGUCAAUACUGGUAUGAUACUUGUUAUAUGUCUGUCAGAUUAGGCUAUUCAAAGGCUUUUAUCUUAAGCUAUAUAAAUGAUGUUUUCAGGAUCUUAGUUGCUGUAUUGACUGUUUCUGAGCGGAUUGGUGACACAUUUGUUUCAUGGGUUCCAAUGUACAGUGAAGCAAAGCUGGCAUUUUACAUAUACUUGUGGUACCCCAAAACACAGGGAACAAGUUACGUGUACGAUUCAUUCUUUAGACCAUAUAUCUCAAAGCAUGAAACUGACAUUGAUCGUAACUUGAUGGAACUGAGGACCAGGGUUGGAGAUAUGUUUGUGUUGUACUGGCAAAAUGCUGCGACUUAUGCUCAAACAAGAAUAUUCGAUGUUCUUCAAUAUAUUGCUUCACAAUCAACGCCCAAACCUCGGCCACCCCAGCCACCUCAAACUGGUAGAACUCGGCAACCUGCACCAAACCGCCGAGUGCCCCCUGCCACUCAACCAGAGACCAAGGAGCCACCAUCUCCUGCUUCUCCUGCCACCCCCUCCACAUCAUCAUCAUCAUCAGACUCAGCUCCCCACCAGCUAGACGACCCACAAGUGCCGCCUAUACCAUCUUCUCCUAGUGCUAUUUUAAAAGCUCAAAAAGCACUCUUGUCACAAAGCCUAGCCGUGGUGACGAAGCCCGAAACCUCCAAAGACGUAGAGACGAUGGAAGCCGAGUCAUCGAGUUCAUCAAACCCCAAUCCUCCGGUAAAGGAGAUUACGAUGGAAGAACCAGUUCGGGUAUAUACACGUGCAAGGUCAAGGAGAGGUAGUGUAGCAUCAGUUCAAUAAUAUCAUUGUUGUAGUGUGCAAAACUGUGAGUAUGUAGGAUGUUGGAUUUAAUCGAUAUAACAUAUUUGUGUAUUCAUUAUAUAUUUUUUGCUUUUAUAUUCAA